AUGCCAGAAAGACCUCCGUUCCCAGGCCGCCCUGCCCAACCUCCAGGCCAUACCUACCUUCAGUACUCUCCCGAUGGUCAGAGGUUGACCGUGGCAGGCAUUGGAGACUUUGCCCGUUCCUUUAGGACCAACGACAAUGGCGAGCCCGACUUACUACCCUCGACUCAUGCAGAGACAUUUGCUGUUGCUUCAGGAAACGACUACGCGAUUUUCGGCUGCGAAGACGGUACAGUCUGCGAAUACGCUGUCCCUUCCGGGGACUUCAAGCAGAUGCUCGUCAGAACCACCCUUCCUAUCAGGGACGUUGUGCUCUCCUCAGACGAGGAAUGGGUGGCGGUUUCCAGCGACGAGCUUGAAAUCAAGGUCGUCAACCGAAACGAUAUCGAGCGAAUGACCAUCCUACGUGAUCAUCCCAAGCCGAUAAAACAUGUGGCAUACGACCAUUCUGGGAAAUAUCUCGCCGCAUCCUGCACCGAUGGCGUUAUCUACAUUUACGACAUGAUCUCCCCCGAGCCCAAGUUAUUCCGAUCGAUCGACGGAGUCAUCCCUCGACUCGAGACAGCUGAAACGGCUACUUCCCGCUGUGUUUGGCAUCCUGAUGGAAGAGCUUUUGCCUGCGCAACAGCAACAAGAGAUAUUCAAGUCGUCUCGGUUGAGGACGGUGCACAUCAACGGACAUUCUCGGGAGAGCACAUUGCGGAGAUAACAUCGCUGGCAUGGUCACCAAAUGGUGCCUUGUUGGCCUCGUCAGACUCAGAUAAUCUCAUCAUCUGGGACACGAAAACACAAAAGCCAUUGAAACGUUUCAACUAUACGAAUAUCCUUAACGUCGCCUGGCAGAACCACGGCGAGAACAUCUUUAACUGGACGACAUCCAACGGUGAAGUCUUCAUCAUCCCUGAGUUUCUCAGAGACGAAGCCCAUGUCAAGCUGCUCAAAGGCCCCAAAGUCGGUGCUCCUUUCUUCCACGAUCCGCUUCUCGAGAAAGCCGCUGUUGGAAAUGGCCGGAAACCACUGACCGGUGGUCAAGGAAAGCGAGCACAUAGUCCUGAUAGUCUGGACGAGCUCCUCGGACCAGAAGAAGAAUACGAUUGGAUUGAAGACGACGAUGGUGCGGGAUACAUCAAUGAAAAUGGGAAGAGGACAAACGGCCAUCUUGGAGACGUAUUGCACCCUCUACCAAAGCGGAAUAGGCAGGAUGUCUGGCAACCGCAGGUACAUGAGCCGUUUCAACCAGGAGCCACCCCUUGGAGGGGCAACCGGAAAUACUUGUGUCUCAAUUUGAUUGGCUUUGUCUGGACGGUUGACCAAGACACCCACCAUACGGUUACAGUCGAAUUUUACGACCGCGAAAUGUACCGAGACUUCCAUUUUACCGAUCCCUUCCUAUAUGACAAAGCAUGCCUGGACGAGACGGGGACGUUGUUCUCUUGUCCUCCACGAGAUGGCCAGCCCGCUGUCAUCUUCUACCGACCCCACGAAACUUGGACAACGCGGUCGGAUAUGCGUAUCAAUUUGCCCGACGGCGAAGAAGCAACAUGCAUUGCUCUCAGCAGCAAAUACAUUGUAGCUGUUACUAAUAAGAACUACGUCCGGGUAUGGACAUUGUUUGGUACGGCCGUGCGGAUUUGGCGUAUGAAGAGUGCUCCAGCUGUCACUUGUGCCGCGUGGGGUGAUUAUAUCAUGACGGUUGGAAAUGGACCUGUCGGCGCUGACGGCUGCACACAGCUUAACUACAGCAUUGACAAUGUGCGGCGAGACGAGAGUUGUCAAAAUGAAGAUGUCCUCGCGCUCGGCACGCUUCCGCCGGACUCGGACGAUGAGGAAGUAACUUUGAAGAAUCUCUUCUGGAGCGAUUCAGGAGACCCGUGUAUCUACGACAGCAAUGGUGUGCUCUUGACUCUUCUGCACUGGCGUACAUUGGGGCAAGCAAAAUGGGUGCCUCUGCUUGACACGAGGCUGCUGGAUCGAUUAAAGGAUGGGAAGAAAGAAGAAACAUAUUGGCCCGUUGCCGUGGCGGACCAGAAGUUCCACUGCAUUAUCCUCAAAGGCGGAGAUAAGACUCCAUACUUCCCGCGACCUUUGCUCACAGAGUUCGAGUUCAAUAUCCCAGUCUGCAGGCCAGUGGACGAUAGCAGGGAUGUCGAGGAAGACGACAGGGAGGAAUCCAAUGCUGCCGCCGCAGCGAGGCUGGAAGAAGCAUUUGUCCGCAGCUCCGUGAUCUUGGGAUUGCUUGACGACCACGUUCAGAGUUUGGAACAGAGGGCCGGCCACUCGCAGAAGACGGAGGUUAUGAGACGGGAGGUCGAGGUAGACAAGAUUUUGCUGCAGCUUUUGGCGGUGGAGUGUCGCGAAGGGGAAGAGAGGGGUAUGAAAGCUCUCGAGAUUGUGGGGUUGCUCAAGGACCGCAGUGGCAAGAUGCUCGAGGCUGCGGCCAAGGUUGCCGGAAGAUGGGGCAGGACUGUGCUGGAGGACAAGAUCAGAGAAGUGGCGGAGCGCCGGUUAAUGGGAAUCGAGGAAGAAUGA